GGUGCACAGAUGUUGAUACUUCAACAAUUAAAGAUAUUUAAGAGUAAAUGAUUUUAAAAAAUGCAUCACACUUUCCAAUUAUUUAAUCAGAAUGACAAAAUUUUGGGAAGCUUGGUUUUAUCAUUAAUUCUUGAAGUAUAAUUCUUUUUUUAACUAUAGCACCCAUUUGGAAAAGGAAAAACACUUCAAUCUUGAUCAAGAUAACUUCUUAAGGUGUUGCUUGGUUUAAAGCAAAGUAUGGAUUUAGUGGGAGUGAAUGUAAUAGAAACUGCUGCUCUGGGGAGACCCUUCCAGCUGGGGAUGCUGUAUGACUGCAGAAAAGAUGCACUAGUACCAGGAAUUACACUUUGGGAUAAAGAGCAGUUGAAGAAGAGAACAUGUUCUCAUCCCCAAAUUAAUACAGUUUACAAAGUCACAGCCUCAGACUCCACUGAGGAAAAAUUAAAUGUACUAAACAUUGAUGGCCGUCUGGAAUUGAGUCUUUUGGGUGGACUCAUCAAUGUAAAUGGAGCAGCCAAGUAUCUCAAUGACACCAAGAAGUCCUUCAAACAACAAAGACUCACCUUACUUUAUCAUUCUACAUCUAAAUUUGAAGAGCUGACCAUGAAUCACUUGGCAUCUAAAAAUAUAUCUCACCACGAGGUCUUUGAUAAUGAUGCAGCAACACAUGUAGUGACUGGAGUGCUGUAUGGAGCAGAUGCCUGUUUUGUGUUUGAUAGAGAAGUUUCAUCCGAUGAAGACAAAAGUACAGUAGAAGGGGAAGUAAAAGCUGUCUUUGAUAAACUUAAGGGCAUUUCAGUAGAUGCAAACAUUGAUCUGAACAUGAAUGACAAGCAGAAAACUGCUUUCACAAAAUUCAGUUGUAUGUUUUAUGGUGACUUCCAGUUGCCAUCUAAUCCAACCUCUUUUGAAGAUGCUUUGAAGAUUUAUGCUGAGCUUCCAAAAAUGUUGGGAGAGAAGAAAGAACUUGUAGUUCCUUUGAGAGUCUGGCUUUAUCCUUUAGAUAAACUACAUACAAGAGCUGCAAAACUUCAAAAAGACAUCAGCAUUGGUCUAAUAAAAGACAUAGAAUCAGUCAUUGAGAGUUUAAAUACAACUGAAAUGAAAUGCAAUGAUCUUCUGAAUGAAACAGCUACACUGAGUUUUGUUGCAUUUCAUGAUAAAAUACAGCAGAUGAAACAAAACUGUCACAACUACAAGUUGAGUGUUAUUGAGAAACUUGGCUCUUUGCUCCCAAAAAUCCGUGGGGAUCUGGAAAAGGAAACGGCUCUGAUUGAUCUUCUACAUGAUCAUAGUGAAUCUCCAUUUAGAAGAAGUGAACUUGAGCAAUGGGUGGAAGAAAAAGAGAGGGAAUCUGACAUUAUUAAAACAUUGGUUAGACAACUAAAAGAUUUGGGAGCAAAAGUAGAAGUUAACUUGGAUGAAAGUUUGAUGGAUCUGGAAGUUAAAAAUUUGGUCUGCUACACUUUCACAUCAUUUGAAUGGCCAGAUGUGCUCCUUUCUCAACAAAAAGCCUACCUGAGUCCCUCAUCAGAGAGGAAAAAUGAUGAGAGUAUCCCUGAUUCUACACAAAAGAUCAGGCUCACAGAUGACAUUAAAAGGUCCAUGAGAAGCAACUUACAGCUCUUUAAAAACUUGAUCAACUCAAAAGACUGUAAACCAGCUAAGUUUGUUGUUGAGUCUAAAGAAAUGAAAAAUUAUUCAGGUUCCUGUAUUCUCUUGUAUGAAAAUGAUUGUGAUAAAGCUGUUGUCUUUAAUCCUCCUUUAAAACCAGCCGCUCCAAUCACUGAACAGAUCAGAUAUGACAGUGUGGUUUUGAAGGUGCCUCCAUCAUGUCCUCAUACAGUGGAGCUCAGGCUGCUGUACAAAAUGAAGGAAGAAAAAGACUGGAAAUCUCAUCAAGUGCCACAAGGUCAAAAUACAGUUACUCUGACUGAUCUUGUAUCAGACAUUGAAUAUGAGAUUAAAUGUGCAGCAGUGGGAAAACUGAACUACACUGUGGAGAGUGAUAUCAUUACCAUUAGAGUCAUAAAUAAAAAUAUAAUCAGGGCCAUAGAGUCUAUCAUUGAAAAUCUCAGUUUGACUGAAAACAAAUGCAGUCAACUUUUGGAAGAUUCCAGGGCAGAAACAUUUAGUGCAUUUCAUAAGAAAAUUUCAGAUAUGAGACGACACUGCCAAACCUACAAACAAGAAUUAAAUGACAGAAUCAAAUCAUUGAUCCAGUCAGUUCAAGCCUGUGAGAAGGAGAUGUGUGAUCUGACAGAUGUUAUACAAGCUCAUAAGGAGUCUCCAUUUAAUGAAAAUGCUCUUGAUGAGUGGAUCACAGUCAAGGAAACAGAAAUGAAUACAACUGAUGAGUUUCUACAAAACUUACUGGAUGCUGGAGCAGAAGUGCAAAAGAGCUUAGAUGAUGUUUUGUCCGAUUUCAAAGAGGGCAGUCUGGUGUGCUUCACAUUCAGUUCUCUUGAGCAGUCAGAUGUUUUGCUUUCUGAACAAGAAAAUUACUUAAAAUCUGAAAUAAUGAAGAGGAAUCUGGAGAAGACCCCUCAUGCACCAUCUCAGACGUGGCUCACUAAAAGCAACAAGGAGAAAAUGAGAGAACAUGUGGAAAUAUUUAAAGAGCUGAUGACUUUACAUGGCAGUCAGACAACUACAUUUAUAGUUUCUUCAAAAGAUCAUCAAAACCAUCCAGGUUCCUGUAUUAUAUUGUAUGAGAAUGGAUGUGAUGAAGCUGUUUGCUUUAAUCCUCCAUCAAAACCAGCCUGUCCAAUCAUUGAACAGAUAAGUGAUGACAAUGUGGUUUUGAAGAUACCUCCAUCAUGUCCUCAUAGUGUGGAGCUCAGGUUGUUGUACAAAAUGAAAGAAGAGAAAGACUGGAAAUAUCCCCCUGUGGGACAAGGUCAAGAUAUAGUAACUCUGAAUGAUCUGAGAUCAGUUACUGAAUAUGAGAUUAAGUUUGCAGCAGUGGGAAAACUAAACUACAUUAUAAACAGUGAUGUCACCAAAGUUGUCAGAAAGGUAUGA